AUGGACAGACUUCCACACCGUCCCGCAGUCACCAACAACGAGGCAAUCCUCGCGCAGAUCGGGCUGAUGAGACGGGAAAUGGCAGAGGGAUUCGCGGCCAUGGACACGAAAUGUGCCGCCAUCGAGCAGAACCUCGCAGCCACUCAUCAACACGUCGAGGACCUGGCCACCAGAAUCACAGCAAGUGAUCUCAACAACAUAGCUAGAGUCCAAAAUACCCACCUUCGGACAGCAUAUGAUCCCCUCACGCCCCUCGUCAGUCCUUCGACCGGAGCCGCCAUCCCGGGAUUCCCAGCCACGUCUGCAGAUAUUGACAAGAUGAGUGGCGAUGAGAUGGAUGCUCUCCUACAACAGCUGGGCCUACAACCUGCCGGUUCAGACAUGGCGGAGAAGAUCAAGCGGUUGAGGACGUUCAUCGGCUUGAGUGCAGAGCGUUUGCUGCGCUGA